GUUUACGGGAGCAGACAGUCAGAAGAGUUAGAUCAAGUGAGCAGUGGUCGGAUGUGGCAGAGACAUUACUGGUAAAAACUGCUGCCAUCACUGAAUUUGGAUACAUUUGGAAAGUGAAGAGGAAUGAGACUACAGGCCAUACUUUGCAUCUUGCUGCAGCUCAUCUUUGAGCAUUCGUCAUGCACACAUCUCCGGGCGAUAUCUGGUUCCACUCUGGAGCUGCCAUGUCUCUCGUUCCAAACUGACUUCAAUGGAGCCGCCAUCACCUGGAAAUUCAAUGGUAAAGAUAUAGAUGCACAGUCGUCUGGCUCAGUUAGAGUUAAAAAGGAUGGCUUGCAUCUCUAUAUAUCCCCUGUAACUGCUGCCAGCGAGGGCGAGUAUGUGUGUUUGGUGAAAGAGGACAAUAUGGAGAUGAUAAGGAUGUACAACAUCACAGUUGCUGCAUCAACUGGCUAUACCAUUAAGGUAACUGAAGGCUCAAAAGUGCACCUCCCCUGCCAUUUCCCGCCUGGCAUCCAAGUCGUGGCCAAUGCACUCUGGUUCAAAGAGACGGAUGUUGGCCAGAGGACACGGGUGAAUCCUGAAGACGAUUCGACAGAUUAUUUUAACAGACUUGAGCUGCUUUAUCCACUUGACCGUGAUCAGACCAUUCUACUCCAAGACAUUGUCAUGGAGGAUUCUGGAAUUUACCAUUGUGAAUCUGCAGACGGGGAGAAGCUCAGCACCUUAUACAUUACUGUUGAAGCUGCUCCUACCCCGGUUCCUCACUCUUGCGCGGGCUUCACCACAGCAUGGGAGCCGUGCCAGGACGUGAACAGUCGCACAGGGGAACCAGUUUUGCAGGAGUCCAUGGCAGAGUUUUCCAUGAAGCUCUAUUCUUACCUCAGAGAGUCAUAUCCUUCUAGCAACUUGCUCUUUUCUCCUAUCAGCAUCAGCGGGGUGCUCUCGCAUUUGUUGCUAGGUGCAAGGGAUGACACCCGCAAAGCCAUUGAGAGGGCGGUCUGUGUACCUCACGACUUCCACUGUGUUCACUUCCAGAUGAAAAAGCUAAGAGAGAAGUUGGCCAGCUCCUUGCAAAUUGCUUCUCAGAUCUACUAUAACCCACAAAUGAAUCCGAGUGAGUCCUUUACUAACCAGUCCAUUCAAUUCUAUGAAGCGGAGCCCACCAGGCUGCUGGAAACCAGCGAGGAAAACGUACAGAUGAUCAACAGCUGGGUGGCAAAUAAAACUAAAAAUAAAAUCACACAGUUGGUUGACUCCAUUCCGCCCAGUACACAGCUGAUCCUGCUCAACGCUGUCUCCUUUAGUGGUCAAUGGAAGGCCAAGUUUGAUAUGAAACCAAAGAAGGGUCAUUUCACAAAACUGAACGGUGAUCUGGUAAAGGUGCCUAUCCUUUAUCAACAGAGAUACAUGGCGGCUAUGGCGCAAGUGGUUGAGCUAAAGGCACAGGUAGCGAGGUUUGCUCUCUCAGGUGACAGCAGUCUUUACAUCCUGCUGCCUCGCUCCAACGAUGUGACUGAGCUGCAGCAGGUGGAGGAGAAGAUGACGGACACAGCUGUGCGUCAAAUGAUUGAACAGAUGAAAACUACAGCUACUCAGCACAUCGAGGUUACUCUGCCACAAAUCAAGCUGGAUGUCCAGCCAGACAUGAACAUACUUAUCAAGAAAUUAGGGCUGUCGUCACUGUUUGAGGGUGCCAACCUGUGUGGCCUCUACUCUGAAGACAAGGUGGUUCUAGACGAUGCCAGACACAGAGCCUUCCUCGCACUGACCGUAGAUGGAGUAGAGGCUGGCGCCGUCAGCUCGUUGUCGUUCUCUCGCUCCUACCUUUCCUUCUCUGCCAUGCGGCCUUUCAUCCUGCUGCUGUGGAGUGACCAGGCCAACGUGCCACUCUUUAUUGGCAGAGUAACUGACCCGUGAGCAAGAGAAAAGGGGAUGUGGGGGUGGAGGUAGUGGUGGGGGUCACAAAGAGAGAGAGGGAAUGGAUAUGUAACAGAUGAGCAUGAAAGAAACAAAGAUAUGGUAAAAAAAUAGCUGCCUGAUUGAAACACAAGUCAUUCCAUUAUGUUACUAUGUUUUUUUUUUUCAGAAAAUCCAGUUGAUUUUUCAAAACUUGAUAUAAAACAAUAUAAAUUCAAUAUCAGCGCUGUUCCACGUUGUCACUAAAGUGAGCCUUACAAAAACAUAUACACAGGCUUGGAUGUUUUCAAAGAUGAUGAUGAAUAAACACAUAUGGACAUAUGCUGCCUGUCUUAUGUUUUCGAAGAAUUGAGCACAAUGUGGAUCAUUCAAAGGAAGACAGACGAGCACUGAAACAACUUCAGUUUAUUUUGCGAAGUAGUUACACAAAACCACCACAGGAUGGCAGCCAUACUGUGUGACUGACAUUGACAGUGAAUACACAGGGACUGCAGUAGUGAAUUCCCAUCUCACUCCCAUCUCAGCCCUGCUGCAUCAUCACCACUGAUAUCAAUUUAAGGAAGACAUGUGUCAAAAUCAGUGACGGUAAAGGUUUUGUUUUUUAAAGCAAUAACUUGCUUGGUAAAGCACAGCAACUGAGCAAAAAAUACCCUGAAUCAUUGUAUUCACAAACAAAUACACACUGAUGGUAAGAGACUGAAUGGAUGGCAUAGACUGUAAACACAUCGGCAUUCAGAAUGAUCUAUUAUACAAGCUGACGGUGAUUGCUAAACAUGCAGCUGCAUUUCAGAUAAAAUGAUCACAUAAGCUACGCGGGGUCAAUAGACAAGAGCUAGAAAAUUUGGUGGCUAGAAACAAAACCAACAGACAGGAACAAGCAACCAUCCAGCCAGAACUGCGGACUCUAUCAGGUCCCUUUCACCCAGCCUAACCCCACACAAGGUAUUCCCAGAAAUGCAUCUUUGAUGCUUGUAUAACAUGAUUAAUGUUAUUGUUUUGGUUUGAUUAUCUCAC